AUGGCGAAUGGAGACCUGAAUAUUCCCAAGAAGAGUCCAUUCAAUGGUGAGAAUGAUAUUGAUUCCAUUGAUGAUGAUAAUUCAUCAAUAUUAAAAUCCCCAACAGUAGAAGAAUUUGAAUCUCAUUAUACAAAAUUUCCAAUUAACAACCAUCAGCAACAACAACAACAACAGUAUCUUCAUCCACAACAACAACAGCAUCGACAACAACAAAAUAUAGACGACGUGUUUUCUGAUGAAGAUUACGAUUCAGUUCCUCCUACUCCAGUAAUAGGAGUAUCUAGAUUUGAUAGAGAUAAUAGAAAUCAUACAACGAGGAAUCAAACGAACAAUUCAAAUACACCUCCGUCUACGGCAACAUCAGACGCGGGAAAUAAUAAUAGCGGUACUGGGAAGAUAAAGUCCCCAUUUUUAGAUCAGAACAGCGUGGCAUUUGAUGAUGAUAUCUUCCUACAGAAGCCCAAAUCCCCAUUCAUGAAAGAUGCUUUCGGUUUCGGUAAUAACGAUAUCGCUGAAGAAACUGAUGAAAUUUCAAACAACGAGGAUAUUGACGCUUCACCAUCAGCAACUAAAAGAUUGAGAUGGGGUACUACUCGUAAUAAACAUGGAAGACCUAAGAAGGAGAAUGUGAGUAGAUCAAUGACUCUCAGACGAAUACUCGAUCCUCAUAGACGAAAACAUGGAAAUAAUUCAUUAAGAUUGAAUUCAUUUAGAAGACCAAAUACACACUCAAUUGAUUUCCCAGAACGACAUCAUCAUGAGGAAUCAGAUGUGGAAGAAACUGCAGACCUCGAAACUGCCGAUCCUAAGAAUAGACGUGAAGACAAGAGAACAAUUGUUUUUAAUAGAGAAUUGCCUUCCGAAUUCAUCGAUCCAGAGAGCGGGAAGCCUGAUACGGAUUAUCCAAGAAAUAAAAUUAGAACAACUAAAUAUACACCAUUAUCAUUCUUACCAAAAAACAUUUUUAAUCAAUUUUAUCAUAAUAUUGCAAAUGUUUAUUUCCUUUUCAUAAUCAUUUUAGGUGCAUUUGAAAUCUUUGGUGUUCCUUCGCCGGUAUUGGCAGCAGUUCCAUUAAUUGUCAUUGUUAUCAUUACCGCAUUUAAAGAUGCUGUUGAAGAUUCAAGAAGAACUGUAACUGAUUUAGAAGUUAACAAUCAAUUCACUCAUAUUUUAUCUCAAAUCGAUCAUAAUAAUACUACCUAUCAAUAUAUCAAUCGUAAUGUUAAUGAUGAAAAAAUUUCAUUAUGGAGAAGAUUCAAGAAAAUGAACACCAGAUUAUUAGCUCGAUUCUGGGGUGCUUCGAAACGAAAUUUGACUAAAGAAGGUAGAGCUCAAAAGAUUAGAGAAAGGUAUAACCGAGAAAAUGGAAUUGACGACAUGCAACAAGCAAGAAAAUCAUUUGAUAGUGAUAUCGGAGAACAAAGUCCAAGGAACUCAAUUGAUGCAAAUCCAUUUAGUGAUGCAUUGAGAAAAUCUUUCCAACAAAACCGUCGGGAAUCAAGUAUGCAUCAUCGUAGAACUAAAACCCUUAAAUUUGUUAAGAAAUACUGGAAGGAUGUUAAAGUGGGUGAUGUAUUGCGUAUUUAUAACAAUGAUGAGAUUCCUGCUGAUUUGGUGAUAUUGGCUACAAGUGAUGAAGAUAAUUGUUGUUAUGUCGAAACUAAGAAUCUUGAUGGUGAAACCAAUUUGAAAGUGAAACAAGCGUUGAAGUAUUCGUCAAUUGAGCAAAAGAUCAAUAAAGCUGAUGAUUUAAUGGAUCAUUCUUUCCAAAUUGAUUCCGAGGGUCCACAUCCAAAUUUAUAUACCUAUCAAGGUAACUUGAAGUAUAGUAGUGCUAAUGGAGAACAGGAAUUACAAGAGCCAAUAACAAUUAACAAUUUACUUUUACGUGGAUGUUCAUUAAGAAAUACCAAAUGGGUAGUUGGGGUUGUUGCAUUUACUGGUGAUGAUACUAAAAUUAUGCUUAACGCUGGUAUUACUCCUACCAAACAAUCAAGAAUCUCAAGAGAAUUGAAUUAUUAUGUUUUACUCAACUUUUUACUUUUGUUUAUUAUUUGUUUCUUAUCGGGUUUAAUUAAUGGAUUAUAUUAUAGAACAACGGGUACUUCAAGAGAUUUCUUUGAAUUCGGUACUAUUGCCAGUACUCCUUUUUUGAAUGGAUUUGUGGGAUUCUUUGUUUCAUUAAUCUUAUAUCAAACUUUGGUUCCAAUUUCGCUUUAUAUCACCAUUGAAAUCAUCAAAACGGCACAAGUAUUUUUCAUUUAUUCUGAUAUUGGAUUAUAUUAUCCCAAAUUGGAUUUUCCAUGUACUCCCAAAUCUUGGUCAAUUUCAGAUGAUUUGGGACAAAUUGAAUAUAUCUUUAGUGAUAAAACCGGAACGUUAACUCAAAACUUGAUGGAAUUUAAAAAAUGUACAAUUAAUGGAGUUUCAUAUGGUCUUGCCUACACUGAAGCACUUGCCGGAUUAAGAAAACGAUUGGGAGUGGAUGUUGAUGCUGAAGCUACUGAACAACGGGAAUUGAUUAAGAAAGAUAAAGAAAGAAUGAUUGAUAAAUUACAUCAAAUAACCAAGAAUCAAACUUAUGAUGAUGAAAUCACGUUUGUAUCUUCUGAAUUCCUUGAUGAUUUAACUGGUGCAAAAGGUGCUGAACAACGAGCAUGUAAUGAACAUUUCAUGUUAGCUUUGGCACUUUGUCAUUCUGUGAUUACUGAACAAGAUCCAAAAAACCAACGUAAGAUGUUAUUGAAAGCUCAAUCUCCAGAUGAAGCAGCAUUGGUGGGUACUGCUAGAUCAUUAGGUUUUACAUUCAAAGGUGCAACCAAGAAAGGAUUAUUAGUUGAUGUACAUGGAGUAACCAAAGAAUAUCAAGUAUUAAACACUUUAGAAUUCAAUUCCACAAGAAAGAGAAUGAGUUCAAUUAUCAAGAUACCUCCAACUACACCAUCAGGACAACCUAAAGCUCUUUUAAUCUGUAAAGGGGCCGAUUCUGUCAUUUAUUCCCGAUUAAGUAAAACCGCCAAUGAUCCAAAUUUAUUAGAAUCCACUUCUAAACAUUUAGAAGAAUACGCAACUGAAGGGUUACGUACCCUUUGUAUUGCCAUUCGUGAAUUAAAUUGGGAUCAAUAUACUGCUUGGAAUCAGAAGCAUCAAAUUGCAGCCUCUUCUUUAGAUGAUCGUGAAGCUGAAAUGGAAGCUGUUGCUGAUUCGAUUGAACGUGAGUUGACCUUAUUGGGUGGUACUGCUAUUGAAGAUAGGUUACAAGAUGGUGUUCCUGAUGCGAUUUCAAUCUUGGCGGAAGCUGGGAUUAAAUUAUGGGUCUUGACUGGUGAUAAAGUUGAAACUGCUAUCAAUAUCGGGUUUUCUUGUAAUUUAUUAGGAAAUGAAAUGGAAUUGUUAGUUCUCAAAACAGCAUAUAGUGAAGAAGAUAUGAAUAAUAUGGAUGGUGUUAACUUUAGUCCUGGUGCAAGUGAGCAUUCAAUUAUUGAUACGAUGUUGACAUACUAUUUAGAAAAAUAUUUCCAAAUGGUUGGAUCAUUUGAAGAACAAGAAGCUGCAGCUUUGGAUCAUAGUCCACCAGAUGAAAGAUUCGGGGUUGUUAUUGAUGGUGAUGCAUUGAAAAUGGCCUUAUUAGAUCCUGACACCAAAAGAAAAUUCUUAUUAUUAUGUAAAAAGUGUCGUGCUGUUUUAUGUUGUCGUGUUUCUCCGGCACAAAAAGCUGCGGUGGUUAAAUUGGUUAAGGAUACUUUAGAUGUCAUGACUUUAGCAAUUGGUGAUGGAUCUAAUGAUGUGGCUAUGAUUCAAGCUGCUGAUGUCGGUGUGGGUAUUGCUGGUGAAGAAGGUAGACAAGCGGCUAUGUCUUCAGAUUAUGCUCUUGGACAAUUCAGAUUUUUGGCUAGAUUGUUGUUAACUCAUGGACGUUGGUCUUAUAAGAGAUUCAGUGAGAUGAUUCCUAGUUUCUUUUAUAAGAAUGUUAUUUUCAAUAUUGCAUUGUUUUGGUAUGGUAUUUAUAAUGAUUUUGAUGGAACAUAUUUAUUUGAAUUCACUUAUUUGAUGUUUUAUAAUUUAGCAUUCACUUCAUUGCCAGUUAUAUUUUUAGGGAUAUUUGAUCAAGAUAUUGAAGCCAAAGUUUCCUUGCUAGUUCCUCAAGUAUAUCGUAGUGGUAUAUUACGUACUGAAUUCAAUCAACGGAAAUUCUGGUGGUAUUGUGGUGAUGGUAUUUAUCAAUCAUCAAUCUCGUUCUUUUUCCCUUAUUUGAUGUUUGUUGUCUCGUUUGCUAAUGAAAAUGGUAAACCUUUUGAUCAUAGAUUUUGGAUGGGUAUAGUUGUUACAUGUAUCGCAUGUAUUUCAUGUAAUUUAUUCAUUUUAUUCCAUCAAUUCAGAUGGGAUUGGAUCAGUUCUUUGAUUGUUGGUAUUUCCAUCUUGAUUAUUUUCAUUUGGACCGGAUUAUGGACUACCACUACAUAUAGUGGAGAAUUUUAUAAGGCUGCUCCACAAGUAUUUGGUGCUGCGUCAUUCUGGGCAUGUGUUUUCGUUGGGGUUUUAUGUUGUUUGAUUCCUAGAUUCUUUUAUGAUUUUGUUCAAAAGAUUUUCUGGCCGAAAGAUAUUGAUAUUAUUCGUGAAUGUGUUGUUCGUGGAGAUUUCGAUGCUUAUCCAUUUGAUUACGAUCCAACUGAUCCUGAUCGAGUUAAGAUUAGUGCAUAUUCUAAUCAAGUCGUCAAUCGUAUGAGUAUGAGUUCAGCUAGAAACCAAGACAAUGGAAAGAGGGAGAAGUAUAACAAUCUGAAUUAUAAUUCAAGUGAUGAGAGGAAUGAUUGUGAAGUUUCAUAUAUAGAAACACCACCAACACCAAAACCAACACCACCACCAGGACAAGAAGGAGAUUAUGGUUCGCCUUCAAAGAGAAAGAAUAUGAUAUUUAAGAUGUUGAAGAAGGGAAGUGAAAGUACCACGAACUCAAGCAGUUUAGAUAAUUCAGCAUCUAGUGUUAUUACUGAAGAAAUACCGAUGCAAGAUUUUUCUGACAAUCAAAGACGAGCAGCAAGGAUAAGUGAGGAGACUAGAAGAACGUCCCCACCAUACCACAAUAAUUAUCCGCCCACGUAA